AUGGACAAUGAUGAACCUCUUGAGUCUGAGACAACAGAGGAGACUGGAGCCCCGCCAACACCACAGAGCAGUGAUGAAAUGCUCUACUGCGAGGCCGAAGCCCCCACAGUUGUCGAUAAAGAGAAACCAGUCCGAGAGAGUUCAGAAACAGACCUUGAGGUUGAAGAUACUGAGAAAUUGUUCACCACUGGACAAAAGGAGCUGUACAUAGAGGCCUGCAAACUGGUGGGUGUAGUCCCCGUCUCCUACUUCAUCCGGAACAUGGAAGAAUCUUUCCUAAACCUCAACCACCACGGGCUGGGCCCCAACGGGACCAAAGCUAUUGCCAUAGCCCUGGUGUCCAACACGACUGUGGUCUCCCUGGAGCUGGAAGACAAUUGUAUCAUGGAGGAGGGGGUGCUGAGCCUGGUGGAGAUGCUACAGGAGAACUACUACCUCCAGGAGCUGAAUAUUUCCAACAAUGCUCUUGGUUUUGAGGGAGCCAGAAUCAUCUCACAGUUUCUCCAGAAAAAUUCCUCUUCGCUCUUGAAACUUCAGCUGUCAGGAAAUAACUUCAAGGACGAAUCGGCAGAGAUGCUGUGCAUGGCUCUGUCGGCCAAUUACCGAAUUAAGGAAGUGGACCUCAGUCACAACCAAUUCUCUGACAAGGGAGGGGAGCUCUUGGGACAAAUGUUGGCCCUCAAUGUAGGCCUCCUGUCGCUGAAUCUGAGCUGGAAUCACUUCUACUCACGGGCAGCUGUGGCCUUGUGCAGUGGUCUCCGGGCCAACGUGACCCUGAAGAAACUGGACCUCUCCAUGAAUGGCUUUGGGAACGAGGGGGCUUCAGCCCUGGGGGAGGUCCUCAGAUUCAACAGCUCCCUGGCCUACCUAGAUGUCAGCAGCAAUAACAUCAGCAACGAAGGAGUCUCCAAAAUCAGCAGAGGGCUGGAAUUCAAUGAGAGCCUCACAGUUCUGAAGCUUUUUCUGAACCAGAUAAGCACAGAUGGGGCUACUUUCCUUAUCCUGUCCAUCAAGAGGAACCCCAAAUCCAAGAUGGAAAAGCUCGACAUUUCUAACGUGAUGGUGUCCGAGCAGUUCAUAAAAACAUUAGAAGGGGUGUAUGCCAUCCACCCCCAACUGGACGUGACCUACAAGGCAAUCCAAGGUCUCUCUGCCAAAAAUACCGUCUUCAUGUGGACAAACCCCAUGAAACUGAUCCAGAGCUAUGCAGACCAGCAAAAUAUCACGGUCUUGGACUUCUUCAAGAGCUUGAGCCCUACCGGAAUGAUGAAGAUGCCUGUGGGCGAGUUCUGGAGAGCCAUGAUACAGCAGAACAAGGUCCCCCUAAACCGGUUCCAGCUCAAGGAGCUGAUAAAGCGGCUGGAUGACAAGAAAGGCAUGGUGAACUUCAGAGCCGCCCUGCCCCUGCUGGUGGCCCGUGAGCAUCAGCGUUAUGGGAAUCCAGGGCACUUGGGCAAGUGA